CAUGCAUUUCCUUGGGGUUACUUACUGAUGGACAAAAAAACUCUGAAACAAAUAACACUGUAGACAUAUGUUUUAAUGAAAUAUGUGUAAACCAAUUAGAGGAGGAGAUUCCAUGUGGAAAAAAAGGCAAAAAGUAUAACUCUGCAACAGAAACUGCAUUUAAAAAUGCAGCAGAAAACCUAUCAAGAAGAAAACAAGAACCUCUAAAGAAGGACUUGAGGAAACCUGUAGGUAAUAUAAACAAUUGUAUAGAAACAUCAGAAAAUUUAGAUACUUUAGAUUUAGAAAGCCCAGAUUUUGUUUUCAACUUGAGUUUUCAAAGAAGCUCAUUAACAGAAACAGAGCAGAUGAACAGAGAACAUUGCAAAGAGAAGUUUGAAGAACUGCAAGACCAAACAUUGCUUACUAAAAGUAUCGACUUGACAGGUCAUGAGGAAGGAAACCACACAAUGUUACUCACAUCAGUUCCUGUAUCUUUGAGGAAUAUGGGGAAUACAGAAAUCAACAAACUGUCUGAAAAUACAACUUCUUCGAAUGCCAGUUCUGAAGGGCUGAACAAGAACUUGUUUUGUAGACAGGUUCCUGAAAUAUUUGGGCAAGAUUUAGAAAUAAAAUGUGACUACAUAAACAUCCACAGCUUAGACAUUUCUGGUGAGAUUGAAAAUGUACUAGAAGAGUGUAAGAAAUGUCUCUCAGUGUGGCAUAACCCGUGUAAUCAUGGAAAUAUUAGUGAAGAGCUUGGCUAUCACUAUUUACAAGAACGUUUAGAUUGGGAUAAUCUUUUUGGAAAACCUGACUUAAAUCUUUCAGAAAGUCCAACUUUGAAGGAGAAUGAAGGUAAUUCUUUAUAUAGAGAGAAAUCUGGUGAGGAAGAAGGAACUCAGUUAUUUAAUACAUUUUCAUGCCCUGAUUUACAAAUUACAAUAACCAAUAUAUUUCAAUCAAAAUUAGAGACUGAAAUGGAAAAAUGUUCAACUAAAUAUUCAGCACCAAAAAAGUAUAUUAAGUGGUCACGAGGGGAAAAAAAGAAAAAAUGCACAAAGGGGCAGCAAAAUUCCAAACUCUAUCGCAGAAACAGAGAACUCAACAUGCGCUCUUCAUCCCAGAUGUUUUCUUCAUUACACAAGGGACAGUUUAAAAAAACUGAGCAGUCCGAAAAACAUGUUAAGAAUAUUUUGAAUGCUCUUAACGACACUGAAGCAUUGCUAUGCAAAAACAAACAUCCAUCUCAAAAAAUUAUUGGUGCAAUGUUUCACCUAAGAAAAGCUCGGAAGAGUGUUCAGCAUUUAAAAACUGUGACAAAAGCUGGAAGAAAAACUCCAGGUGGUGCAUUAUCGAAAGCAAAGAAAGUCUUACAGGAUGGAGCCUUAGUGUUAGAUUCUUCUGAAACAUCUGGUUGCAAUAUGGAUAUAUCCUGUAGCAGUGAUUGUGCAAAAAAUAAGCAAGUAACAAAAACGGCCUCUGAAAAAAAUGUCAGCUUAGGUACUACAGAUAUUAAAAGCCUGGAGCCAGUUAGUGGUGAGCCUAUCAUGUGCAACAAGCAGAGGUUUGCUGUGGAAGGCUCUUUUGGAAAUACACAAGAAAAAAAUCAAGAGAGAGUAAUUGCAGCCAUGGAAAACAUCGAACAGACUUUGAGUUCCGACACUAAUAGCUGUAGAAGCCAAACAGAUGGAAAUCAAUUUGACUCCUCUCUGAAAGGAAAGGAGUUAACUGUCCGUCAAAGAAGCCAAACAAAUGGUGAUGAAACUUUUAAGUCUAAUGUAAAGAUGAGUACUGUUACAAUUGCUACACCAAUUCAACCCAGGUUUGAAUCUGCAAAAGUCAAUGUGUUCCAGUCAGAUGAUAUUUCUGGGCCAAAUCCCAAUUUCACUGCACUGAAAAAGACAAGUAAGGACAAAGAAGCUCUGGAAGUACCUGCAUCACAAGAGGAAAAGAUGGCUCUGAGUGCUGGAAGGUGUCAUGCUUCAUUGGCAUGUUGGUCUUUAGCAGAAGAUAACCUUAAUGCCAAAACCUCCAUAGUUCAGUUGACUCCAGAAAUGCAUAGCAACAGGUCAUUGUCUUUAAAAACAAAGUCAAACAGUUCAUCAAAUAAAAAUGUAGGUAUAAAUUGUUCUGAAACCCCAGCAGGAUCUUUCAGUAGACAGAAACAAAAAGUAGAUUCUCGUUGUAAAAAGGAUUAUUCAAAAUCAGAACACUGCUGCCUUAAUACAUUUAGUCAAACAGCUAAACGGGAAAUACAUACUGCAGAGAACAGGCAUUGUAAACCAUUGGGCAAAUCAGUGAAGCAUCCAGGAAAUAACACUAAGGGAAUAUCACCUAGUGGUGAUCUGCCGUCUCCUGCAUCCUUGGUAGAUGCUAACUUGUGUCAGUCAUCUCAUCAUUGUGUAUUACAGAAACUUGAAGAGGAAAAUACGGAGGAAACAGAGAUACCAGAAAGAAAGACUGAUUCUGCAGCUAAAAGACUAGAUAUAAUCCAUGACAUUCCUGUGAAGUCAUUAAAUAACCGAGUUUUAAGUAAAAAGACCAUGAAACAAACAAACCACGUCACACUUGGGGAGUCCACAUGCAGACAGACGUCCUCAGGCUGUGCUGAUAACUGUAACCAGCUUCAUUUUAAUUCUCUACUAACUGCAGUUUCAGAACAGGAUCUUGAAACCAUUACUGCAGCAACUACUUUCCCUUCUGCGUAUUAUCACGUCACACCUGAUGAAACAAACCAACUUUUCACUACCACUGAGACCAGGCAAAAUGAAAACUAUUUUUCAAGUACCUCUUCUAACCACAGCAGCUAUCUCAGCAAUAACAUCAAACUUUCAAAAGUAGGAAUUGGCCUAAAAUUGCAUGAUUUCAACUUGAAAAUAUCAGAGAUCUUACAAAAGGCAGAUAAAACUUCAUCUCUGAAUAUACUGCAUGAACAGAUUUCAUGUUGCAGAAGUGUUCUUCCUUUGUUCAUUAGGGCUUUUGAAAGAAAGCAAGGUUGUUCUUUUGAGCGUGUUCUGAUUUCUAGGGAAAUACCUGGGAGCACUAGAAGAAAUAUGCAGGCUAGGCCAAAAUUAAAACCUUGCGCUAUAGAGGCGCUAGUUGAGCUGCAAAUUGUAAUGGAAACAAUGGAGUUUAUUGAGAAUAAGAAAAAAAUUUUAAAAGGUGAGCCAACUUUUCGAAGUUUGCUUUGGUACGAUGAUUCACUGUAUAGUGAGCUGUUUGGUGGGCAUUCUGGUUAUCAACAGCAAUCAAAUUUCUAUCCUGCUUUUCAGAGGAGAUUAAAAUACAGUGCCCUUAAUGAAUUACAGAUCUACCAUAAGCAAUUAGUGGAAGCUUUUGAGAACACUAUAUCUGAGAAUAAUUCUUAUUAUUCCUUGUUGAAAUUAAGGCGAGAAAUACAGGAAUGUGAAUCAGUAAUGAAACAGAUUUCCAAUUUAUCUGAUUUUUUUUUAUCGGUGCCCUUUAUUUGUGGAGCUAACUUUGGAGAUUCUAUAGAAGACCUAGAAAAUUCAAGAAAAAGUACAGUGGAUUUAAUAAAUAUAUCUAAAAGCCUUCCAGGCAUGAAUUUGAGUGCUGAAAAAGAUAACCAUCUCUGGAUUAUUAUGGAGAUUAUUGGUAAAAAAAUUGAAUUUGUCAAGACAUGUACCAAUGAAGUGUUUAAUCUUAAAACUUCACUAUUUGGUCUGGAGCAUAUAUUUUUUGAUGCUGCUAAAAAUCUUGUUUGGGAAGAAAGAAAUAUCUUUUUAAACAGCAAUUCAAAAGAUGGGAAAGAAGUGCUCCAAAUAAAUGAAAUUGCUGUGGCUAAGCUCUAUGAAAUUUAUGAGCGUAUGUUAGAAGAUUCUGGAUGUGAAAAUAAUCAUAGAACUUCUGGAGGACAUACCGAGAAAUGUACAGAAGACCCUCACAACUGUGAAGAAGCAGACUCACAAUACAAUGCCAAUUGUUUCAUUGGAAAGUCUCUAACUUUACAACACGAUUGUUGUGUAAGUGAAAUCUUGGAUGAAGCACAGUCUGCAGAUACUGAAAGACUGCAACAGCUCAUGGGCAGAUGUACAGUGCACAUUGAAAUGCUGAAAAAGUAUUUCCAGAUUUUACAGGAAGAGGAUGCAACUCUACUGAUAACCCAAGAAAAUGUGUUGGAUUUCAUGAAGAAUGGAGGAAUACAUCCUGUCAUUCUGAAGCCUGAAGCCACUGAAGUGUAUACUGAAUUGGCAAUGAUAUAUGAAACUUUUUUUUCCCUUAAAAACUCAAUAGCAAAACAAGUAGACAAACCACGAUUUCGUAGUUUACUGUGGUUUGAUUUAUCACUUCUACCUGAACUUUUUCAAUGCCAAGAAAAAAUGGCUUCCCUGUCUUACCGGAAAGAUAAGCUUUUAAAAACGGUGGAGUCUUCCAUCUCUGAACUUCAGGAUGAGUUGAAUGUUGUUUAUGACUAUGCAGAAAACUUAAAUUGCUCAUAUGCACUUCAUCUUCUCACAAGAGAGCUUGCAGAGCUUUCAGAAACAAGGAAACUGUUAGGAUCAUCCACAUCCCCUGUCUCCAUGUGUGUUGACUUAGCACCAUAUGCUGUAAGUUUAAAUUACGGAAGUACAGUUUCUGAAUUGGACUGUAACUAUAACCAGUUUUCUUCACUUCUUGAGAAAUUGAUGUUGGCUGAAAAGAAAGAUUUAGGAAAAAUGGCUCACAUUAUGAAGGUGAUGAAAACCAUCGAGCACAUGAAGUUUAUCUGUUCUGAACAGGGAAAAUCACCUCUUCCUGUGGUUAUACAUCAGAUGCUUAAAAACUGGAGAAAAGCUUGUCAGUUGAAACGACAACUUAUGGAAACACAGCUGGAUUACAGUAAACAAACGCUUCAGGCUUCCCAAAUUCUACACAAAAGGCCAUUUAAUGUAGCUUUAGAAGACAGGCCCUGUUCAUCAGAAGAAAAGAUUGAUCUCUCACAUAACAAAAAGAAAAAGGUAGCUGCUUCAUUGAUGACAACUACCAAGAUAGAUGAAAAAGAAACCAGCAGAAACAUGAGAAAUAGUGGAAAGUAUAAUUCCUCAGAAGGCGAAGAACUACAGUUAAAAAUUCGACCAGAUACCCAGAAUAGAAAAAUUAGGAAUUUGAGAGAGAGAACACCAGUCACAUUUUCACAGUUGAAAGCUGCUUAUCCCUAUGAAUGUAUUCAUGCUUCAACAGAUGCCUCAGAACUCAGGUUAAAUAAUGCAGAUGCAUUAGCGACUCAGCAAAAUCUAAAAAAUGUCAAAGAGGGCAGAAAGAGUAGUCAGAAUGCAAAGGAACAUGAAAAAUAUUUUUCAUCCUAUAGUGACAUAAAUAAAUGCACAUCUGUAUCUCCAGUGAAAGUUCAGAGAUCUCCUGAAGAAGCUGUUAGUGCAGUGGAAAAAUUAGGUGAAAAUAAUUCCCUACUGGCCACAAAAAAUGCACAUUGGGAAUUAAAAUCAGAUGGUCUUGAAAGUGAUUCAGAUGUACAGUCUGAACAUAGCAUAGACAUCAGUUUAUCCCCAGGCAGUAGAAAUGGCAAAAAAUCUGAAAUUCCCAAUUACCCACCCACAUACAAUUCAGAAUCCUCAAUGAUGACAGAAUUAAAUAAGUCCAUGGAGCUGCAUAGUUUCCACUCUGAACCUUCUUUCAGUGACAGUAUCCAAAAUUCUGGUGAGUGUUCUGCUAUUAGUCAAAAUGAAUAUUUUGAGGGAACUUCUACGCACAUUUACAGGACUGGCUAUCCUUACUACUCCUGGUACUUCUAUCAUAUUGGUAGUAAUUCCCACUUAGUAACGCAGACUUACCAAGAAUUAAAUUCCUAUGAAAUACACCCACUAAAUCCUGCAGGGUCUGCAACUGCAAGUAUGGUGAAUAGUGCAUACUCAAGUAGGUUUCACACACAGACUAUUAGUCACUUUGAUGUUAGAGAAUCACAAAGUUUUAAUGUCGCACAGGCCUAUCCAGUGCAUGGGUAUUUCAGUUCCAUAGCGGCUUAUCCGUACAGUUAUCAGCAGCCGCCAACAUGGUAUGCAGAAAACUGGCCUUUGUCGUCUGCUGUUUUUCCAUAUCCUUCCAAUGUUGGCUUGUGAAACAAUGCUGUGGGUCAGUAAGUGCUAAAUUGCCAGUGU